AUGGGGACCCGCAACGGCUCUGAGCUCCUGGUCGUCUGCAGCUCGGGCCAGCUCCUCUUGCAGCCCCUAUGGGACCGCCUGAGGACCCACGGCGCCCUCCUCCAGUCUCCUUUAUUCGGGGUCAUCUUCUCCAUCACCACCUACAUAGGGUGCUGCCUGCCCUUCGUGGUACUGGACGUCCUGAGCCCCUGGGUGCCCGCGCUGCGCCGCUACAAGAUCCACCCCGACUUCACGCCCUCUCCACGGCAGCUGCUGCCCUGCCUGUGGCUGACGCUCUACCAGCACGUGGUGUUCGUGCUCCCCAUGACUCUGCUCCACUGGACCGGUCGGCCCAGCCUCCUGCCCGCCGAAGCCCCCGAACUUCUUGAGCUGCUGCGCCACAUCGUGCUCUGCCUGCUGCUCUUCGACACCGAGUUCUUCCUGUGGCACGUGCUGCACCACCGGGUGCCCUGGCUGUACCGCGCAUUCCACAAGGUCCACCACCAGAACACGUCCUCCUUCGCGCUGGCCACGCAGUACAUGAGCUUCUGGGAGCUCUUUUCCCUGGGCUUCUUCGACAUAGUGAACACCAAGCUGCUCCAGUGCCACCCGCUCACCGUCCUGGUCUUCCACGUCGUCAACAUCUGGCUGUCGGUGGAGGACCACUCAGGCUACGACUUCCCCUGGUCCACGCACAGACUGGUCCCUUUCGGGUGGUAUGGCGGUGUGGCUCACCACGACCUCCAUCAUUCUCGCUUUAACUGCAACUUUGCCCCUUAUUUCACGCACUGGGAUAAAAUUCUGGGGACGCUGGUAUCUGCGCACGACCUAGGGACCUGCCAUCGUGAAGGUGAUGUCACUGCUUUAACGACGCAGGACGCUGCGCUCCCCGCAAACUUGAACUUGAAGCAAGAGCAACGCACAUGAACUUUUCUUUUAUUUCCUUUUUUCUUUUUUGUAAGUAACUUAUUACCUGAUACAAAUUUAUAGAUAAAAUCUGAUGUAUUUUUGUAAUCUGAUAAAGUAACUUAUAUGUUUGUAUAUCAACUUGUAUGAGGUGGGGGGUUGCAUUCUAGUUCACUUCAAACUCUUUGGCUUUUGUAUAGGAAUGAGACAGUCGUCA